AUGGCCGAGGCCAGUAUUUCAUGCAGACAGACCUUCAGACCAAGACCUCCUCUACAUAAAAACACAAUACUGACGGAGAUGGUGGAGAAACUGAAGAGGAGACGACUCCAGAAUGCUCCUCAUCCUUCUCGCUCUUACAGUGGAUCUGGAUCUGGGAAUGUGGAGUGUGGUGUUUGUACUGGGAAAAAACUCAAAGCCAUCAAGUCCUGUCUGGUGUGUCUGGAUUCUUACUGUCAAACUCACUUUGAACAACAUGACAAACUGUUCAAAGAGAAGAGACACAAAAUGACUGAUGUCACUGGACAACUAGAAGAGAGGAUCUGCUCUCUUCAUGAAAGGCCCUUAGAGGUUUUCUGUCGCACUGACCAGCAGUGUGUCUGUGUCUUUUGUGUCGUGUCUAAUCAUCGGAGACAUGAGAUAAUUUCAUCUGCAGCAGCCAGGGCUGAGAAAAAGAACCAGUUUGGGAUGACUAAGAGGAAGCUCCAGCGGAGAAUCCAGGAGAGAGAGAAGGAGGUGCAGGAGCUGAGACAGGCUGUGGAGUCUCUGAGGCGCUCUGCACAGGCAGCAGUGGAGGACAGUGAGAGGAUCUUUACUGAGAUGAUCCGCUCCAUUGAGAGAAGGCGCCGUGAGGUGACAGAGCUGAUCAGAGAUCAGGAGAAGAGUGAACUGAAUGACACUGAGGGUGUACUGAAACGACUGGAGCAGGAGAUUGCUGAUCUGAGGAGGAGAGACACUGAACUGGAGCAGCUUUCACAGACAGAGGAUCACAUCCAUUUCCUCCAGAGUUUCCCAUCUCUCUGUGCCCCUCCUAGAUCUGCAAACUUUCCCAGCAUCACUGUCAGUCCACACUUCUCUUUUGAGGAUGUAGGAAAGUCUGUCUCUCAGCUGAAAGAGCGACUGCAGAAUUUCUGUAAGGAGGAACUUGGAAGACUUUCUAAAAUCAAGAUCAUUCUUCCUCAUCAACCCAGAUCCAGAGAAGAGUUCUUACAAUAUUCCUGUCAGUUCAAACUGGAUCCCAACACAGCUCAAGGAAACCUCUGUCUGUCUGAGGGGAACAGAGUGGUGACAUGGAGUAACACGGUCCAGUCAUAUCCUGAUCACCCAGAGAGAUUUGGUGGGUGGGAACAGGUGUUGUGUGGACAGAGUGUGACCGCACGCUGUUACUGGGAGGCAGAGUGGGAGGGGAAGGAGGUUGAUGUAGUGGUGUCAUAUAAAGGCAUUGGGAGGACAGGACGGGGUGUCGAUUGUGUGUUUGGACGAAAUGAUCAGUCCUGGAGUUUGACCUGUUCUCUCUCCAGUUACUCAUUCAGACACAAUAAUAAAAUCACUGAUCUCCCCAUAGUUCCCAGUUCCUCCAGAGUAGGAGUGUAUGUGGACCACAGGGCAGGAACUCUGUCCUUCUACAGCGUCUCUGACACAAUGACCCUCCUCCACAGAGUCCACACCACAUUCACUCAGCCCCUCUAUCCUGGGUUUGGGGUUGGGUGGGGGUCAAAAGUGAGGUUAUGCCACCAUCCAAAAUGA